AAAAUAUAUUUGUUUGGAAAAUAUUAAUAAAGUAAGCCGUAAUCCAAAGAAAUCCCUAACAUUUACUUUGGAAAAAAAAAUUGAUUCUUGAGUCGUAGUAAACUAUUUGUACGACAUUUCUCCUCUUUGUAGGUUUCAAAGAGGAAGAACCCACAAAAAAAAAGUGUUUAUGGUGCUGCAAUUUGGCAAAUUUCCUUUGGGUUCCACCUACGUCUUCAUACGAUCUCUGCCCUAAAUUGAAUCACUCCCUUCUCCGAGGUUUCCAAGGGUAUUGGGAUCAAUGUUGAAUGAUUCUAAGAGUAAGUGUGAGAGUGUGUCUCAUCAGAAUUUGAAGGAAAAGACCAAGCACCGUGUCGAUGAUCUUCAGAGAAUUUUUUCAAAUCUCGAGUCCGCUAGGAAAGACAGUCGACCUGGGGACAUAGCUGUUUUUGAGGAGCAGGUCCAUCAGAUGCUACGAGAAUGGAAAGUUGAGCUCAGUGAGCCAACCCCAGCAUCUUCUUUACUUGGCGGUAGCCUUGGAUCGUUUUCUGAAGAGUUAGCUCGACUUCUGCAACAAUACGAUGUUGAGGACGAUGCAACUAGUCCAUUAAAAGAACUCCCACAUCCUAAGCCUGAGCCUGAUCCUGAGCUUAAUCUUGAAAACUUUGAUGUUGGAAAUUUUUCGGCGUUUGAACUGGACUACUUUGAUAAUAAGGAACCACAAGAUCAUGGUUUUCAAGGAUUUCCUGAACUUAAAGGAUCUGGUUUAGAUUUUCACGAGACAGUGCCAAAUGAUUCAAAUUUGAUUACUGGACUGGAGCAUCAACAGUUUGAUAUGUAUCAAGACUUCAGUCAAGGGCUUAUUGUUGGAGCCAAUAGCAUAAAUCAGUGUGGACAAGAUCCUUUACCCAAUGUUCUUCCUGAUAUUUCCCCUCCACCCUCUGCAUUCAUGGGGCCAAAAUGCGCUCUUUGGGACUGUUCUAGGCCUGCACAGGGAUCGAAAUGGUGCCAGGACUAUUGCAGUAGUUGUCAUUCAGUUUUAGCCUUAAAUGAAGGUGUUCCAGGCAUAGCUCCAGUUUUACGGCCUACUGGCAUCGGAAUGAAGGAUAGUCCGCUGUUUUCUGCUCUUAGUUUGAAGAUACAGGGAAAGGAGGUGGGAAUCCCAGAGUGUGAAGGAGCUGCUAAUACAAAAUGCCCGUGGAAUGCUCCUGAACUGUUUGAUCUUUCUCUCCUACAGGGUGAAAAACUUAGAGAAUGGCUCUUUUUUGAUAAGCCUAGAAAGGCAUUUGAAAGUGGAAAUAGAAAACAGAGGGGAUUGCCAGAUUACAACGGGCGUGGUUGGCAUGAAUCAAGGAAGCAAGUCAUGAAGGAAUUUGGGGGACUGAAGAGGUCAUAUUACAUGGAUCCACAGCCUUCAACCUCUCAUGAAUGGCAUCUAUAUGAAUAUGAGAUCAACAACUACACUACAUGUGCAUUAUAUAGAUUGGAGCUCAAACUUGUUGAAGGAAAGAGAAGUCCGAAAGGAAAAGGGUUGAAUGAUUCACUUGCGGAUCUGCAGAAAAAGAUGGGAAGGCUCACUGCUGAGGCUCCUAUAGAUGAUGGAAAUUCUUCAAUGACCAAAAUUAAUACUACUCAAAAGUAAUUUAGUAAUUUAUUUAUACUCCUUAAACGAUAAACAGUUCAAGAGGAAAAUUGAAAUAUUUGUGUUUCCUUUUGAAAAGUCUCAGUCCUAUAUCAAUUCAUCUGCAGAUGAGUUCUCAUCACUAGAGAAUUCAUGUUUGGCUACUACAGCUGGGCUGUGUUUGGUUAGAGAAUGGAAGAUUUUUUAAUGCCAAGCAAAUCAGGUUAGAGCUUUGUCAUCUCAUCGUUGUGUAGUUGACACUAUGUUGGACUUAGCUCUAAUAAGAUACUAGGGAAUCUAGAUGAGAGAUGGAGAGAAAUAGUACAGUAAGAUCAUAAGCAAAACAGCAGUUUUAAUUGUAAAUUGAUUCUAAGUAUGAACGGUUUAUUCUGCUC